AUGCUGCUGCUGUUGCUGCGUGCUGCGCCCGUUUGUGCCCGCUGGCUGGCGGGUGGGCAUGGUCAUGCAGUGGAUCAUCAAUCAACCCAAUGGACGAAUUCAGUGGCAUCCGGCAAGGUUUGGGGUUCCUCUCCUGACGUGCUGGCGCGGCCCUGA